GGAAGUAAACACCCAGCUGUUAUCUUGAAGCUAGUUUUUAUCAGCACAUGUAGCAUCGGCAGAUAUAAUGAAACAGCGGGGAAUAAAGCGGUGUUUUAUCAUGCUGGUUCCGGAGUAGAGACUGAGUCGACAGAGGCUUCGGGAGAUUUCAUUCUCCUUCACUUUCCUCCGGUCCGAGAGCUGAAACAAGGUGUGAAUGAGUGACGCUGUGCCGCCCUCAGCUCUCAGUGAAGUCCAGCUACGCUUCCUCUGCCACGAUGACAUAGAGAAUGUCAAGCUGCUCUGUGGGGACUGGUUCCCGAUCGAGUACCCAGACUCAUGGUACCAGGACAUCACCUCCAACAAGAAGUUCUUCUCCCUCGCGGCCACCUUCAGAGGAGGCAUCGUGGGGAUGAUAGUGGCCGAGAUCAAAGGCCGGACCAAAGUGCACAAAGAGGUACAUCGCUGUUUUUCAUUUAGAUAAGACUUCAUUUAUCCA